AUUUCAAUUUUUUCAUUUAAGUAGUUCUCGCCACACUAACCAGAUGGCGCCACCGUUACACCAUUGUCCGUGUUAUCAGGGUUGCGUCCCCGUGGCGCUCAACCCCCACGUUGUUGACCGUUAAAUAAAUGAGUUGCGACCCAGCCACCGUCGUCGCCGGACGUCCGUCUCUCUCCGUCCGGGGCUCCCGCGCCCGGCCCCGCCGGCGCCCGCCGUUCACCUCUUCGGCAUGUAAGACCCCUCGUUUUCCGCAGGCCCACGCAGGCCCUGCUCUUCUUUAUUUUCACGGGUGACCGCUUUUAUUUACUACAUUUUUGGCGACGAGGAAUUACUACAUUUUGGCGCCGAGCAUGGGAUAAUUUUUUUUUCCACAUUUCGAACCCCCGCGCCCCCCUGACGCUUCGUUGCGCCGCUUUUUGUUGCGGCUCCGUUUUUUUUAGCAUCGUUUUUUUUGAGAGCGUCCGCGCGGUUGGUGGGUCGUACUCCGCUUCUAGACGGGACGUGCAUUUUUUUUUAACAAGGAACGGCGCCUUUUUUCCGCCUUUUUCAAGAUGGCGGCUGCGCAGGGUCGCGUUCCCGCCGAAUUUCUCUCCACGCCCGGCGAACCGUCAAUGCCGUGGCAGACUUGGAAGCGCGGCUUCCUCAACUACCUCGAGGCGAUCGACGCCGAGGAUUUUCCGCCGAAACGCAAGAGGGCGAUUUUAUUUUCAUUUCUCGGCGAUGAAGGCAAUCGCGUCGUUGAUGCGUUCAACCUAGCGAGUCCAGCCGUCAACACGGCACAAGAUGAGUUUCAGAGUUUGUUGUCCGCUUUGGACACCCACUUCGCUUCCGCUCAAAACGUCGUAGUUGAGCGUAGAAAGUUCGCCAUGAGGUUCCAGGGUCCAGAAGAGACCGUCCUCGAGUAUCUUGGGGCGCUUAGACGCCUAGCAUCGUUUUGCGACUAUGGAGAGUCGUUGGAGAGCCGCGUCGCGGAAAUGUUUAUUUCGGGGAUCCGUAACGCGGAAGUCCAAGAUCGUUUAAUCAGAGAGUCCGACGGAACUAAGGCACCUAGCCUCGAGCGUGCUGUCCAGUUAGCGCAGCAGUUCGAGCGGACGUCUCGUGAUUGCGAUCACUUCCGACGCUUGUCGUUAGACGCAAGUCCGAACACGCCGCACGUGGUCGAUCGGAUCCAAGAUGGACGCGGUCGCGACCGAGAUGCUCAACAUGGCGGGCAGUCACCCCGCCACCGCGGGUCUUCUUCCCCGCGGCGUGAGCGUCUUCCUCCUCCCCCUUUCCCGUCAACACGCGAGCCAUCUCGCUCCUGUCGUCCGAGGCGCGAGCCUCCCCCUCCUUCGUCGGGACGCGAGCGGCCCUUUCCUCCUUUCCCGCCGCGUCGAGAGCGCGACCGCCGGCAAUGGCGAGCUCCCUCCCGACCGUUCUUCCGUGCGCGCCCACGCGAUCCUCCCCCCGGGGCGCGUCGUGUCGUUCGCGACGACGGUUGUUUUUUCUGUGGCAGACGAAGCCACCCCCGAGAUGAGUGCCCAGCAUCGGGAGCCACAUGUUUCUCGUGUGGCCGUGUGGGACAUUUUGCAAAUGUGUGUCGAAGCCGACCGAGGCACGACCGGGAUCAUCGACAACUGGCCCUUUCUGCUGGCCGGCGGGUCUCUGCCCGCGACUACUACGAGCAUCGGCAAGCAAGGCCUGGUCCUACAAGGAUUCAAGGCAUCACCUUCCCGGACUACGAGCUCCCAGCAACAAUCUACACCGUCGCGCCGCCCGAUGAUUUUCCGGAGCGGUGCCGUUUCUGUGGUGGCGCCUGCCACCCGAGGAAGUUUUGUCCGGCCGCACACCGUCGCUGCUUCUCCUGCCAGAAGCAAGGUCAUCUAGACCGUGUUUGCGAGAGUCGACCCCGGUGGCCACGACUCGACCGUGGGGGGCCUAGCAACCCUCCCACAGUGUUCGCGUCCGCCCACCAGAGGCAUCCAGUCCCCGACCCACAAGUUCCAAGGUCCAUAGUCCAAGAAAGGCAUCCAGAGCUUCCUGCUGCAGCCCCGCCUGCAGUUGUUCUGCCCACAGUCCCGCCGGCUCCCCCAGAGCCGGCUGUGCCUGUCCUUGGUCCGGCCAGCCCGGACACCACCAAUCCAGAUCCUGCGGGUCAACGUCCUGACCCUGGCCCGAGUCCCGAGGCCCCUCCUCCUUUUCCGGAGGGUCCUGUUCCAGCUGGGAGUCCCCCUCCCGUUCCCGAGGUACCCAUCACGACACAGCCCAAGCCGUUCCCCAGACCGGAGCCACCAGAGCCCCAGGGUCCAGACGCCUCCGCGCAAGAGUGUCGUCGGCGGCUGCCAGACGUCCUGAAGGACUAUUUUAUUAACUCUUUUGGACUGGGUUCAAGAUAUUUGUGAACAUUCAGUGAAUUUUUUUCUUACCCAGCUUACUGCCCUAGCGCAGCCUUUUCCAGUGUGUGCUUUCCGCAAAUUUUUUGCGCAAAUUUUUUGCGACGUGCUUUUCCUUUUUAUUAAUUUCACAUUUUUCCAGUGUCUUGACAUAGAAAUGUCUUUAAUUUCAGUACAUUUCCAUACUUCCCAACUGCCCUGCAGUUUGGCGUCAGUUUUCGAAAACAGUCUAUUCAAUUUUUUUUUUUUCCUAAGAAAGGGAAGGAUAGGUAGUUAUUUUUUUUUUAAGGAAAGGAAAGUGUAGUAUUUCAAUUUUUUCAUUUAAGUAGUUCUCGCCACACUAACCAGAUGGCGCCACCGUUACACCAUUGUCACCGUUACACAAGGGAGAGUUACACCGUUACACAAGGGAGAGUGGAUUUCAAGACUGUAGAGAUUACCAAGCAAAGAUUAAGUGAAUGGUGGCAGAAAUCGAGAGAAAACUAGGUAUUUUCUUAAUCACUGAUGGCAAGGGGGUUUCAUAGCCUCACUUUCUUUGCACUGCGGAGUGAAUAUAGAUUUCACAUUUAAAUAUUCUAAGCUUAAAUGGUAAAACAAAAUGGCUAGGUGGCGUAAGCUACCGCCCGAUCCAAAGGGCUCAGCCGUAUUCAUCCAUCCAUCCAUCCAUGUCCGUGUUAUCAGGGUUGCGUCCCCGUGGCGCUCAACCCCCACGUUGUUGACCGUUAAAUAAAUGAGUUGCGACCCAGCCAC